AUGAAUGAAGCCGGAGCGCAACCACAUGAAAAAGCCACGCGAGUGCAAAUGAUUUCCUCAUCAGUUUCAGUGGAAUAUCACCCGGACGAUCAAAUCUUCUUGGUACAUCGUCUCCCUGAUGGUUCAGAGAAACGGGAACUCACCACGUCCAUGAUUGUUGAUGCGAUGUUCGAGGUUAAGAAACGCGCUGCAGUGUCCAACUUAUCUGACAUUAGUCAAAUUACAGGCACAGCGCCCGCAGGACCCAUCAAAGAGGAGGAGGUUGAUUAUUCCAGUCUGGAAUGGGGUGACAUGGAUCCAAACUAUCGGCGGGAACUCGAGAAACGUCCUGAAGUUAAGGCAGCUCUUCAACGAUUCAAGCGGCAAUCAAAGGCUGCACGGCUCACGCCGUCAGGAGAGUUUAUGGAGUUUCAUACAGCCGAAAUUCCCGCGCCCGACAACCCGCCUACUCUGGCUGAGGAUUUCAAGCAGAGGGAAAUGACCGGGGACACAUUGGACUCUGCAAUCAAAUUUUAUCAUGAGCGUCAUGUGCAGCCCAGUUUCAACAUGUUAGCGGAUGCCGUGACGGCUAUGUCCAAUCGGAAGGCGCCAUGCGUGCUACAAGCUUUGAAUUUACACCAGAUGCAGUUGAGUAACCUUGAGGGCGAAAUCUGCCAACGCACGGUUCUCUUGCAUAACAUCCCUCCGUUCGCGAAUUAUUCUUCCAUACAGGGAAACCUGCAGUUCCUGUGCGGGGUGGCUGGUCUGGAUUUUCACCAUGCAGUCCAAUCUUGCUCAACCCACAUUCUCUCCCCGAAUGCCGCGAUCCUGAGGGUUGUCUUUUUGCAAAUGCAGGGAAGCCGCGAGUUUGUCAUUGCUUUUCGGAAAGGCGCAAGGUACUGGCGAGACUACCAGGACCGGGGCAAUGAUCGAAAGAUACGAGUUGAGAAAGAUGUUCCUUUCUCAACUCGUUUGGAGAGGCAGCCGUAUUAUGCCUUGCUGGACAUGCUUUCGGACAUUUCUCCACCUCCUUAUGGCUCCACCUCCUUCCGUACAGAUUUGUCCUCCCUGCAGAUAAAAACCCCGGAGGAGUGUGACGAGGAUAUGGUCUUGGCGCAGGUUGUUUACCUUCCUUUCCGAGGGGAGUUUCGAUGCAUUCUGCUUGUCCAGCCCAAUCUUGUGACCUCGCUACAGUCAUCCUUUGGACGUCAUUUCAAUGAGCGCAUGAUGAGUACACUCAUACUCCUGCAGGAGGCCUUCCACAUGUUCCCGUAUUCUAUCGAGCACAAUGUUCUGGACCCCGCGCUGGCAGAUAAGUUGAGGACAGACCCCGGAUUUAUUCACAAGGGGUAUGGAGGGCUGGGUCAGGUCGUCAAUUCCGCGCAGUUUGCUCGCGGCACCAACCCUGCAGACUACGGGCCGGGUGUGGGAUCUCAUGGUGGAGACAAGCGCAAGGGUUACGCGAAGGGUAAAGGGAAGAGCGGCAAAGGAAGAGGCAGCUCCACUUUUCAUGAUCCGCAGAUGCGAGACAGGGAUGUGGACAUGGAAUUCCAGGGCUCUCGAGAUAACCGCAGACGAGCCAGCAAUCAUCGGGAGGAGUAUGAUGAGGACUUUGGCUCAGACGAGCGGUUUUACCGACAUCAAGAUCGGAGAGGUUUCCGAGAUGUUCGUGAUGCUCGCAGAGAUGUUCGUGAUGAUCGCCGCGACGUUCGGGAUCGCAGCCCCUCCCAGCACAGGCAGCCCAGACGUUAUCAAUACCAGCGUGAUUGGUGA